AUGUCUGAACUCGAAAAGGGAAAUUCCGGGCUUGGAGGGUCUAGUUUCGAUUCGGGGUAUCUAACUAAUGAGACUGCCCCCACGAAACGGACUACCAAGCAAACGGUGAAAAAGUUUUUCAGUGACUUCAAGCCCAACGAUCUCCAGGAUGUCGGUUUUGACACUACGGGCUUGACAGAGAAGGAAAUCAGGUUCGAGAUGAUCAAGAACGAGGGCUCAGGCAAGGCCAAACUGACCACCCGACAUGCCAUUGUCUCCAGUUUGGCUGGUGCAGUGGGAACCGGUCUGUUCAUUGGUAUGGGCAAUUCCCUUAAAUCUGGUGGUCCUGGCGCAGUUUUGAUCGGCUUUGCCAUUACAGGUAUCACCGUUCUUUGCUUCAUGGGCAGUCUAGGAGAGCUCGGUGUUCGAUACCGGUCCGCCUCUUUCACCACCUACGUUAGUCGGUUCAUCGACGAGUCGUGGGGGUUUGCCUGCGCCUGGAUGUAUGCUUUGUGCUGGCUCAUUGUCAUGCCCAUUGAGCUUAUCACUUCGUCUAUUGUUAUUCGAUAUUGGCACGAAGACAAUAACGCAGCAGCAAAGGUGAACCCUGUUGCGUGGGUCUCCAUUUUCUAUGUAUGCAUUAUCGUUAUCACUUUCUUUGGUGUAAAGGGAUAUGGUGAAGCUGAAUUCGUGUUCUCUUCGAUCAAGGUUUUGGCUGCUAUUGGGUUUAUCAUUUUCGGUAUCGUCAUUGACGCAGGAGGAGGUCCCAACCACAAAUACAUUGGUGCAAAGCUGUUCGACAAUCCAGGAUCGUUUGCUUCAGGAUUUAAAGGCGUGGCCUUAGGAAUUGUCAACUCUGCUUUCGCCUACGGUGGUACUGAGAUUUCUGGCUUGGCAGCUGCUAGCUCUAAUGCACCCCAUCGUGCCUUCCCUGCUGUUGUCAAGUCAGUCGUCUGGCGUAUUUGUUUAUUCUUUAUCACCUUGACUCUUAUGGUUUGCCUGUUGGUUCCAUACACUGAAGAAGGUUUGGGUGUUACCUCUCCAUUUGUUAUUGCGAUCAAUAAUGCCGGUGUCCGUGGCUUGCCUAGUGUUUUCAACGCUGUUAUCAUUAUCUCCGUCUUUUCGGUUGCAAAUGCCGCCACGUUCGCCGCCAGUCGUGUUAUUUCCACCCUGGCUGUCGACGGUCACGCCCCUGCCGUCUUUGCUACCACCGACCGCCGCGGCCGCCCAACUGCCGCGUUGAUUUUGACUAUUCUUUUCGGCGGCUUGUCAUUCCUGGCCGCCUACGAGGACUAUGGACAGGUAUUUGAUUGGAUGUACGCAUUCGUAUCAUUGUCCUUCUUGUAUCUGUGGGCAAGCAUCUCAAUCAGCUUGAUCCGUCACCGCAUAGCCCUUAAACGGGACGGAAUUCCUCUCAGUUCGCUACUUUAUCGGAGCCCGUUCGGUAUUCCAGGUGCGAUCAUUGGUUUUGGUGCUACUUCUACCAUUAUUGCAUUCCAGCUUUGGCUCGCCAUUGUUCCUCUGCACCAGUCUCCAGACCCUCAGGCCUUCUUCAAGCAAAUGCUUUCGCUUCCCGUCGCGAUCUUUUUAUUUGUAGCUCACAAACUUUGGACACGCAAGGCGCCGGUAUGGUCGAAGGACUUGGACGUAACGUCCGGAUUGCGCACCUACGAUAUGGAGCUUGUUGCUACUGAAGAUGCUAUUCACAGCGAAAAAAUGCGCAAGAAUCUCAUGUACCGCAUUUACCACAUUUUUUGCUGA